AUGGCUGCGGCAAUCGCCAUGCAGCCGCUGGCCCCGCGGCCUUCCCCUCACCACAUCGCCCCGGCCUGGUCGUCUCCCGUCAGCCACCCGCAUUACAUGGACGGCAAGGAGAAUCGUCCGGUGAAGAAGCAAUCGACCCAACCCUCUGCUCCAUCCAACGCCCGCUCGCGGAGAGAGCGACCAUGUGACGGAUGUCGACGCCGGAAAAGCAAAUGCGUCCUCCAGCACGCCCGCCGAUGCGUCCUUUGUGAAUUCCACAAGCAGGACUGCACGUUUGUCGAGAAUGCCCAGCCGCGCAAGCGCAAGGCCGACGAAAUGUCCUCCAAACCCGAGGAGGCGGCGACGGCGGCGAAGAAGCAAGACUCCGUCAUCGCCGAGCCUGUGACCACCCCUUCGUCUCCUCUGGCGCAGGAGUUCAGCUCCGUGACCGACUAUGCCUCCGACUCGCCCAACCCAUACGCAGUCGAUCAGUCUCUCAGCUUGCAGCGACACAGCCACUGCACAUAUCUGGGUCCAACCACAGCGCUGGACGCUUCUCUGAUUGGUCUCAGCUCGUUCGACGACAACAACGAGACUGCAUCGUACGUGGGCACCCUUCGUCACGUGACCGAUGGCGAAUACUUUAGCAUCCACUCCGACGCCGAUGUGCCCAUUCCCGACGACGAAGCGCGCGCAUUGGCCGAGAUAGAUGCCCUCAUUGGCCCGCAUGGACCAGCCUUGAUCGACCUGUACUUCCACAAUGUCCAUCCCAAUUACCCCAUCAUGCAAAAGAAGACGUUCCUCGACCGACAUCGACACGGCGACCGGCAUUUCAAUCCGCCCUUGCUGGCCGCAAUGUAUCUACUUGCCAUGGACUGGUGGCACAGCGAUCCGGAACUCUCCCAGCAUCCGCGACCCGAUGCGGACAGACUGGAGUACAUCGCCAUCACUGGCUUGAAUAUCGCAAUGCAGCGCCCCAAGAUCUCUGCGGUGCAAGCCGGCCUGCUCCUUCUCCAACGCGCCAAAUCCUCCACCUGGACAUUGACCGUCCAGCUCGUCGCACUCGGCCAAGAUAUCGGCCUGCAUCUCGACUGCACAGAAUGGUCGAUUCCCCUCUGGGAGCGGCGCCUCCGCAAACGCCUCGCCUGGGCACUCUACAUGCAAGACAAAUGGAGCGCGCUCAUGCACGGCCGGCCCUCCCACAUCAACGCCGCAGACUGGGCCGUACAACCACCCGUCGCCUCCGACUUUGACGACAACCUCGACCCGGAGCCCAGCGAGCCCGCUCCCGAAGCGGCCAAAGGCCGCUCGCUCUUCAUGCACAUGAUCUCCCUCACCAGCAUCAUGGCAGAAGUGUGCUCCACCUUCUACUCGCAAACGGCCAAAGCCGAGUUCGCGCGCGCCGGCCGCUACGCAACCCAGCUCGUCCUCAACCGCGCCAAACCCGUGCAAAUCAAACUCAAAGACUGGUUCGCCAAACUGCCCCCGGAGUGCAAAAUGGACUCCCCCGCCCUCGGCCCGCACCACCUCUCCUCCACCGGCUAUCUGCACCUGGGCUACUUCGCAACGGAAAUCAGCAUCCACCGCCGCAUCGUGCAGUCCCUCAACACCGCCACCGCGGACCCGUACAUGCUGUACAUCUGCCGCUCAGCCGCCAAAACGCGGCUCAUCAGCGCCAUGGACUUCGCGAACCGGCUACAGCCCGCACACCUCGAUGCCUUCUGGUACUUUGCAUCGGCGGCCAAUUUCGCGCUUAUCGGCACUUUUGGCGCGCUGUUGAUGGCUACUGCGCCCGGGAAGGAGGAGGCGGAGUUUUACUCGUGGCGGCUGAGGGAGUUUCGGUGGACGCUGGCUGUCAGUGCGCGCAAGGCGGCGUGGAUUGCAAGUGCGGCGGAGAUGUUGGAGGCGAAUUUGGAGAUGGUCGCGAGGGUGCCGGAGAAGGAGGCUGCCGUGGAGAUGAAGAGGAGGGAGAAGGUGGUGGAGGUGGCGGAGGUGGAGCAUGAGUUGGAGGAGCAGGAGUACGACGAUGAUGAGCUUGAGGUGGACGGAUGGGACGAGCAAGUUUGA